AUGAGCUGCUCGCUCCUGCUCACCGAGGAACUCGCUCAAGAACACGGAGGAAUAGACGAAAACUAUCUGCUCCUACCGCGUUGGGAUCCCCCGCAUUUCAGUUUCUUUCGUUGCACCUUUGAGAUUUACACGCUUUCUUGGACCGGAUUGUUGGCAAUGGGGUCCUCAGAGGAGAAAUUCGACCACGUCAAGGCGCAGACGGUUGUCACUGUGCGGCCGGUAUCACCAAUGAGACUUGGUGGAAUAGGAGGCUCGAAGACGUUCUACGAUGAUGAGAGUGCGGUCUCAAGUCCUGGAUUAAGCGUCAUCAGUUUGGAAGAGAUGGAAGCAAGACUGAGACCACAGUGGUACCGCAGAAGUGGAGCGCCGUCCUGGCGAGACAGAGUCAGCUGGUAUGGCUUGCGAUUGCGAACAGGGGAAACAGAAUCACAGCGAAGAGAAAGAAGGAGACGUUGUUGUCGAUGGACAGUGAUCACGGUUGUCGUUUUUACAGUAUUCGGCGUCAUGGCUGGAAUCGUAUACAUCACCUUCGUCACAGCUCUACUACGACGACUGGCUCCUCCUUCGGGCCAGAGUGGACUGCAGCACAUUGUGGAAACAUGGAAGGAGCCGGACUCCAAUGGUGCCUUAACCUACAAGUGGAGAGACGACUUCAGCCGCGACAUUGUGCCCAAAACCUGCCACUCACACAAUGACUACUGGCGCCCUGUUCCACUCUACAUGGCUCUCGCAGCUGGCUGCGUCAGCGUGGAAGCCGACAUCUGGCUGACAGACGACUCGGAGCUACUGGUCGGCCACUCCUGGAAGUCUACAAGCAGCGCGCGAACGUUGCGAAGCUUGUACUUGGAUCCCUUGGCCACCAUCUUCACGAAUCGCAAUGUUUCUGCGGCCUCUGCUUUGGAGAAAGAAGUGGGUGUCUUUGACUGGGAUCCAAAUGUGUCGACCGUCCUGCUCAUCGACUUCAAAUCAAAUGGCUCGGCCAUCUGGCCCGUACUACUCUCCCAACUCCAGCCGCUACGCGACAACAACUGGCUUACCUACUUCAAUGGCACACAUGUCAUCCCUGGACCAUUGACCAUUGUCGGAACCGGCGAUGCGCCUUUCCAUCUCGUCCAGGCCAACUCCACAAACCGAUUCAUCUUCUACGACGCCCCGCUCCUCUCCCUCUCAGAAGACAAGUACAACGCGACAAACUCCCUCUACGCAAGCACCAAUCUCAAAGCCGCAGUCGGCAGUGUCUGGGGCCGUGGGAUGUCGGGUAGCCAGCUCGACAGGGUCAGGCAGCAGGUGCAAGCGGCAGAGGCAAAGGGCUUGAAGAGCAGGUACUGGGAUACGCCUGACUGGCCCGUUGGGCUGAGAGAUGGGGUGUGGAGGCGGUUGACAGAGGCGGGUGUGGGCAUGUUGAAUGUGGAUGCGCUGGUGAGUGCGACGAGUUGGGAUUGGGGGUGGUGCGUUGUAGCGGGUAUUGCUCUCUGUGGGGAUAGCUGA